GAGAUAUAUUCAAGUUUCUUUUCAUUUUAAAAUAUGGUAUUAUUUUCUUCGCGGUAUGCAACAAUGAAACGAGAUGUUGUGAUCACUAUGAUGAUCUUCACAAUCUUAGUUUUAAUCAUUUUGUCGCGUUCAAGUUCGAUCCAAGCUGGAAGAUUCACCACUAGACAAAGAAAGCAUAACUUGAGCGUUGCUCGAGUGCAAGAUUACAAGAAUCAUCACGAGUUUGUGAUCACGGAGAUGUCAACGUUUAAUAAAUUCAGAGGAAGAUCAUCUAAAGUUCGGAGAAAGAUCGAUGGCAACGAAGAAGAAGAAGAGAAGCGAAUUAUCCCUGCAGGUCCAAACCCCUUGCACAACAUGUAGGUUAAUGAGAGAUGCAAAACAUACUUCGACUUCAUAAUAGUUCAUCAUAUUUUCUUAUAUAUAUAUUAGUUUUGAUUUAUAUUUGUUUUGAAGAUAUCACAGUUUCUUCUAUGCUUAUUAGUUUUGAUUUUGAGAUUAAUAUUUGUUUUCAUUCCUCUGGUUGGAUUGAUAUUAAUUAUAUUGAUAAGCUUUUUAGGUUGGAC